GACACGAGUUCAGAAUAAUAUGUUGAUAGUUCAUUGUAAAUACUGAACUCACUUCGUCACAACUUUGAUUUAAAAAUGGACCUGAUACUUCUUCUGGGGAUUGCUGUGGCCUUGCUGGUGAUUUUAAUAACCCUGUUUUUCCUUACUAAAGGCAAGGCUUCACAAGAGUCUGACCAGCCACGGGUCGAAAAUGAAGCACAAGCAGCACCGCGAAGGGCCCAGGUCGUCCGUAAUCAACGUAAUCGUGCCAGAGUAGCGGCAGCACCUGCGGAAGAACAGCACCAUGCGGCCGCCGAUGGUGGAUCGGACGAGGACGAAAUUCCACACGCAGAUUUCAACGGUGAAAAAAUGGGAGCCAAAAAAAGAGCCAAAUUGGAGGCCAAGGCCGAAAAAAAGGCCCUACGCGAGCAGGAGCUGAAAAUUCGUGAGGAUCAGAAAAAAAAGGAUGCCCUACUGGAGGAACAACGAAAAGUUGAGGCCGAAAAAGAAGCCGAGGAGGAGCGCAAACGUGAGGAGGCCGAGCGAAAGGCCCGGGAAGAGAAAGCAAGGCAAGAGCACGAGGAGUAUUUGAGGAUGAAGGAAGCUUUCAGCGUGGAAGAGGAAGGAUUCGAUCAGGAACAGGAAGACGAUAAGCAAAACAUGCUGCAGGAAUUUAUCAACUUUGUUAAGAGUAAUAAAGUGGUCGUCCUCGAAGAUUUGGCGGUUCAAUUCAAAUUGAAAACGCAGGCGGCAAUCGAUAGGAUAGUUGAGCUGCAAAAGGAUGGCCGCCUCAGCGGUGUCAUCGACGACAGAGGAAAGUUUAUCUACAUUUCGGAAGAGGAGUUAAACGCGGUGGCGAAAUUCAUCAAACAGCGCGGCAGAGUGUCCAUUACCGAGCUGGCUGAAAAUAGUAACAACCUAAUCAACCUUAUCCCAGUGUCUGCGGAGUGAAUUUCGUGAAAUAGAGCAGUUGCAGUGCAUCAUCUAGUUUUAUAUUCUAGAUUUUUUUUGAGUUUUGUAUGUUUUAAAAAAGAGUUUCGCAGCUACGCCUUUUAUUUUUAAAAUUAAAAAAAAUAAUCGGUUUUGUUUAUGUUGGCUCACAAUAAAAACGUUGAUCAUUCUGCGAAAUGUUU